CCGCCGCCUGCCGCCGCCGCCGUCGCUGGAGCCCCGUAGUAUGGCAUCGAGGAGAAUGGAGACCAAACCUGUGAUAACCUGUCUCAAAACCCUCCUCAUCAUCUACUCCUUCGUCUUCUGGAUCACUGGGGUGAUCCUGUUGGCUGUUGGAGUCUGGGGAAAGCUUACUCUGGGCACCUAUAUCUCCCUUAUUGCUGAGAACUCCACAAAUGCUCCCUAUGUGCUCAUCGGAACUGGCACCACUAUUGUUGUUUUUGGCCUGUUUGGAUGCUUUGCUACGUGCCGUGGUAGCCCAUGGAUGCUGAAACUGUAUGCCAUGUUCCUGUCCCUGGUGUUUCUGGCUGAGCUUGUUGCUGGCAUUUCAGGGUUUGUGUUUCGUCAUGAGAUCAAGGAUACCUUCCUGAGAACUUACACAGAGGCCAUGCAGAACUACAAUGGCAAUGACGAGAGGAGCCGUGCAGUGGAUCAUGUCCAGCGCAGUCUGAGCUGCUGUGGUGUACAGAACUACACCAACUGGAGCACCAGCCCCUACUUCCUGGAACAUGGCAUCCCCCCCAGUUGCUGCAUGAAUGAAACUGAUUGUAAUCCCCAAGAUCUACACAAUUUGACCGUGGCCGCCACCAAAGUGAAUCAGAAGGGCUGCUAUGAUCUGGUGACCAGUUUCAUGGAAACAAACAUGGGGAUCAUUGCUGGAGUGGCAUUUGGAAUUGCAUUCUCUCAGUUGAUUGGAAUGCUGCUGGCCUGCUGUCUGUCCAGGUUCAUCACAGCCAAUCAGUAUGAGAUGGUGUAAGGAGAAGUCUUUCAAGAACCAUGGAAUAAGAAGCCUGUUUUAAAAAGGAACUGCAGCAAUCUUUGAAAGACUUCCAAAGAAUGUUAGAGCACAGUACAUAAUACACCUGGCCUGUUCCCAUCACUCUUUACUCCCAACCCCAAUUCCUGCGUGCAGCUGACACUCCUACCCAGUCUCUGCUCCACCUUUCAGUCUACAUAAUGUGUAGUGUCCAUUUUGUGAAGUCCUAUUUUGCCACACAAUGUAGCCAUGCCCUCCCUGCCACCUGCAACCAGUCAUAGUGAACCCCAUCCUAAGGCCCCAUGCGUGCCAGCUCCUCCACGUGUACUUGGUCCAACUGCAGUUAAUUGUAGGUAACUGGUUAUCAAUUCAUCACUGGCCCUUUGCUGCCCUGCAUGUAGUAAGAGUGGCUUUUGACAGCCCCUCACUGUGGUCCAUAAAUGCCACAUAUCUUUACAUAGACUAGCAGAUGAUAAUAAUCUGUUCUUCUGAUUUGGUUUUCCCUUUAUUGGGGUUCUUUCCUACCUUCUUUAGGCUGCCUAGGGCAUGUAAAGGCAACAUGUCAGUAGUUAACUAUGAGGACAAAACAGCAUGUGUCAUGCAUGGUGGAGAUUGUUGAGUGUUAGGUGGCCUCCUUGCUCGUUACUGUUUCAUACCUGGGUAUGUAGAGACAGUUUAGUGUUCCUUUGCUUUUCAGUUGAAACCAGUAUAAUCCUAUUUUAAGACUGUGUUAUUGCUUUCCUUGAAGACAAUGACAUCACUUUGGGUUUUCCCCAGUUAAUUGCUAUUAUGUUAUGUUACUUCUUUCUUAAUGUUUUUCUUACACUGACAUUAUAGACUUUGAGUGUAAAGGGAGAAUAAAAGUCAGAAUAUUUUUAAAAGAAUUUAAAAAUAAUGCCUCUGUUUAGCAUGCCAACAUGAAUGCAUUGAUAUUGUAAACAUUUGUGAUAUAUGUAUUAAUAAAUAGAGCAAUUACAAA